CUCUCAUCGUCUCGAUCGAUCUCUCACACGCGCGCGCCUCCAUUGUUCUCGGAUCAACAAGCUCUCCAAGAACAGCAGCAAAGAUGAAGCCUUCGUCUUCCUCCGUCGGCGUCUGUACCCUGCUGGUGGCGGUGGCCUCCCUGCAGCUCCUCCUCGUCGUCGCCGUCGCCGCCUCGGCGAAGACUGCACCGGCGAUGCCAGACGAGGAGUUCUUGGGCCGUCUCUGCGACCAGCAGCAGGGGGCCACGCGGCGGCGGCUCCCGUGGUGCCAGCAGCUGCACGCGAGGCGGCGCCACGGCGGUGGCGGCGGCGGCGUCGGCGUCGGCAAGCGGCGGCGGGUGCCGAUGCCGCCGCCCAGCCGCGCCGGCGAGGAGAUCGACGCGCGCUACGACGUGUCCAAGCGGGUCGUGCCGAGCGGACCGAACCCGCUGCACAACUAGACUGAUCGAUCGAUCGUGUAUCUGCCGCUUGCAUUGCAUGCGGGCGUGCGUCCUCAUUGAUCUUUCUUCCCGUUGCGCGGGGGCGGCUGAUCGGCGGCUGGGCGCGCGCCCGCGGUCAGUCCGCCCCUAUAGUACUACUGUACUACUACUAUACUAGCACUACUAUACUACUAUACCUACUACUAUUCCUACAUACAAUAAAUGAAUGUAUACACAUACGAAUAAACAUAAAAAUUUAUUCA